AUGAUUCGUGCCAAUCAUGUUUCUCGCCGUGGCUUCAUCCUGCAACUGAACAAUCAGGCAUUACGCUGCAACUACGGUGAUCACCUGAAAGAACAACUAUGUGACCGUUUGGUGGCAGGCACUAAUAAUCUGACUCUCGAACGCAAGUUACUGGAGAAGGAUUUAACGUUUGCUGAGGCCCGCAAAAUCUGUGAGCAACACGAUGACCGGAUGAGAGCUACCUCCAGCGAAGCAGUCACGUUAUUUCAACGACCAAACCGACCUCCAAUUGUCAAGUGUACACCGAAGCUGCAGGAAGACCCUUCUGGCAAGACGAAACGCAUCAAUCCGUAUUGCUCUAUGUCCAAUGUGCACACCUGUCUACAGCGCCUGAUCGUGAAAUGUUCCAACAAAACAGGAGGCAUGAACGUGCAGCCGGUCAUAUUAGAAGUUGACGAUGAGCCUAUCUUCCUGAAACGACGCGUAAUCCCCUACGGCCAACGUGAAGGAGUGCUGCAGGCCCUUGAGAAAACGGAGCGCGACGGCGUAAUUACCCGAGUCACAUCCAGUACGUGGACAGCUCCAAUCGUGAUCGUGAUCAAAAGUGACAGUAAAACACCGCGGAUUCGUGGCGAUUACCGGUUCACGCUCAACCUGCGUUUGCGAAAGUGUGCGGCUACCACCAUGAAGAUGGGGGAUUUUAUGAAGGCAUUGCAUGGCAACACAUGUUUAUCAAAGAUCGACUUGGCUGAUGCGUACCUCCACAUUCCUCUCGCUUCAUCCUGCCGGCAAUUUACCGCCAUCAACACACUGUGGGGACUACAUCAAUACAACUUCCUACCGUUUGGACUCCAAACAUCUUCAGAAAUAUUCCAGAUUGUUGUUGACGAAGUGAUUUGCGGACUCAAUGGAGUGUUAGUGUACCAGGACGACAUCAUUGUGUUUGGUACAACGAAGGCUGAGCAUGAAGAUAGGCUCCUCAAAAUACUGGAGCGUUUAGCCCAGAAGAAUGUGUCAAUUCGAGCUUUUAAAUGCAUGUUUAGUUUACCGGAAUUGGAAUGCUUGGGCUUAACAGUGAAUGCAAAAGGCUACCGUCCUGAUCCGAGUAGUUUCCGCUCAUUGACUGAACUUGAAUCACCGAGAGACCAAAACCAAGUUAGAUACAUUAUGGCAUAUCUCCAAUACUAUUCACGUUUCGUGCCGAACUUUGCCACGAAACCUCAACUGCCGUUCGUUGCUCAGUCGACUACAGAAUGGAAAUGGACUGCCGAGUGGGAACAAAUUCUGCUUGAAAUUAUUCAGAUCAUAGCUGACCGACCAGUACUCGCCUCGUUCUCUCCGACGAAACAUCCAACUUUGAUCACCGACGCAUCAGAUGUUGGCACUGUUACUGUACCCGGAAUGGACGGACGUCCGCUUGUCUGCAUCUCUCGUCUUUUAAACACGGUAGGACGAGGAUAUUCGCAGACACAGAAAGAAGCAUUGGCUGCAUAUUGGGCUGUCCAACGCCUGCACAAAUACCUGUUUGGAUUACGUUUCACCACCGUAACCGAUCAUCAAGCUUUGCAAUAA